CAGUGCCACCAACGCGGACCUCCCCUCCGGAAGAAUAAGCAGCCAUGGACUCUCGCGCCAACUACACGUGUAGCGACGGGCUGCUGCUUCCAUUACUGGACGAGUCCAGCUGGUCGCGGGGCGGCCGCUCGUUCGUCUACCUGCUGGGCCUGUUGUACUGCUUUCUGGGCGUGGCCAUCAUCGCGGACGUGUUCAUGUGCGCCAUCGAGCGCAUCACGUCCAAGACGAGGCGGCUGACGCUGUCGGCCCAGGUUCCCGGCGGCCAGCCGGACAUCAUAGAGGUCAAGGUGUGGAACGAGACCGUGGCCAACCUGACGCUUAUGGCACUCGGGUCGAGCGCGCCCGAGAUACUGCUCGCCAUCAUCGAGAUCGUCGGAAGCGGAUUCGUAGCUGGCGACCUGGGUCCCGGAACCAUCGUUGGCUCAGCGGCCUUCAACCUGCUCGUUAUCACCGCUGUGUGCGUGGUAUCGAUUCCGGCCAACGAAAUCCGGACAAUACGCAUGAUCAAGGUGUUCGGCAUCACAGCGUUCUUCAGCGUGUUCGCCUACCUCUGGCUUCUCGUGGUGCUUAUGGGUUCAAGCCCGAACGUGAUCGAGCUCUGGGAGGCCAUCUUGACGCUGCUCUUCUUCCCGCUGCUGGUGUUCCUGGCCUAUGCGGCGGACACGGGCAUCUUCUGGCCCGGGGCGCGCAAGCGCAGCGCCCAGAAGCAGCUCGAGCUGCAGACCACGGCCGACAUCGCCGAAGACAACGAACGCCGUCGGGCCGGCACGCCAGGAGGAGGCCCGGCACGCCGGGAGUUUUUCCCUAACGGCGAGCUCAACCGGGAGAACCUCUUGGACUUCAUACGGGAGAUCCGCAAGCACCCCGGGCUGACGGACGAGGACGCGGCUUGCCUGGCGGCGGCCAAGCUGGCCGAGCAGCAACACCACACGCGCAUGUGGUACCGGGUGGGCGCCAUCCGGGACCUGACCGGAGGCCGCCGCACCACGCCCAGCAUCAACGAGAAACUGCAGAACAAACUCGACCAGGAGGUACGGGAGAUGUUCGCACUAGCUGCUCAGGACGAGACUGACGUAAAGGCUGCGGACGAAGUGGAGCAGGGCAAGCUGCUGAAGCCCGUGCCGGAACCGGAGAACAAGAACGUGGCCACCAUCGAGUUCAACGCGAGCUCGUGCGCCGUGCUCGAGAAGGCCGGCAAGGUGGACGUGAUCAUACGGCGCAAGGGAAAGCUCGACUGCCCCGCCACGUGUAGGGUCGAGACCAUCGACGGCACGGCGUUGGCGGGCGAGGACUACAUGGAGCUGCGGCAGAUGGUGAUGUUCCAGCCGGGCGAGACUCAGCGCCGCGUCACUGUGCAGAUCGUGGACGACAACCAGUGGGAGCCCGACGAGACGUUCUUCCUGCGGUUGUCCCUGCCCGCCGCCAGCGACGGAGCCGAGGUCGCCUUGGGUCGGAAGUCCGUCAUGGAGAUCACCAUCAUCGACGACGACCAGCCCGGCAUCUUCGAGUUCCGGCGCCGGGGCCUGCUGGUCCGCGAGAGCGUGGGAACGGCGCAGGUGGCCGUGGUUCGCACCAAGGGCGCCGACGGCACGGCCUACGUGCACUGGCGCACGCGCAGCCAGACGGCCAAGGAGGGCGAGGACUUCCACGGCGGCGAGGGCAAGCUGGUGUUCGAGCACGGCGAGACGCUCAAGAACAUCGACAUCCCCAUCGUGGACGACUUCGAGGCCGAGAAGGACGAGCACUUCGAGGUCGAGCUGUUCGACGCGUCGCCCGGCUCCGGCCUGGGACACCUGACCAAGACCACCGUCACCAUCACCAGCGACGAAGAGUUCAACACCAUCGUGAACCGGUUGAUGCUGAUGACCAACACCAACGUGGACAAACUGAGGCUGCACUCCGCCAAUUGGGCGGGUCAGAUAAAGGACGCCAUGAACGUCAACGGCGGCGACGUCGAGAACGCCGAGGCCGUCGAUUACGCCAUGCACUUCAUCACUUUCGGAUGGAAGGUACUCUUCUCGCUGGUGCCGCCUACGGGCUUCAUGGGCGGCUGGCUGACCUUCUUCGUGUCUUUGGCUGCCAUCGGUCUACUGACGGCUAUCAUCGGCGAUCUGGCCGGCAUUUUCGGCUGCCUCGUAGGCCUGGAGGACACGAUUACCGCCAUCACGUUCGUCGCGCUGGGCACUUCCCUGCCCGACCUGUUCGCCUCCAAAGGUGCCGCCCGAGCGGAGAAGUACGCUGACAACGCAAUCGGAAACGUCACCGGAAGUAACUCCGUCAACGUGUUCCUGGGUCUUGGUCUGCCGUGGGUCCUGUCGGCUGCUUACUGGCAGAUAAAGGGGAGCGUCUUCAAUGUUCCCUCUGGUUCCCUCGGCUUCAGCGUGGGCAUCUACUGCGCCUUCUCGUUAACCUGCAUCGCGCUGCUCAUGCUGCGACGAAAACUGGCCUUCUUCGGCAAGGCUGAGCUGGGUGGUCCUCGAGCGGCGGCUAUCGCCAGCGCCGCCUUCAUGGUGUUCCUGUGGGUCCUCUACAUCGUCCUGUCAGCUCUGAAGACGUACAACCACAUCUGAAGGCGUACAACCACAUCUGAAGACGUACGACCACGUACAAACCACC